AUGAAUCAAGAAACUGAUACCUUUCCAUCAGUUUCGUCGAACCCUUCUACAUCUUCCUCUUCCAUAGACAAAGACUUCGAUCUGAGUUUCAUGAUCAGUCCCAACGUACUUUUCUAUAUCACAUUCCUUUCUUUCGCCAUCUUUUUCUUCGCUUUGCUUCACCUUCUCGUCAGAUUCUUACUCAGACCCCAAACCGGACUUGAUGACGCCUAUGCAGAUUCUAAUGAUUUCCAAGGUCGGAUUCAGACUCGGCUCAAUAUCCAUGACUCAGGAGUUGGCCAGUCCUUGAUCAAUGCAUUUCCUUUAUUUCAUUACAUGACCAUGAUUGGUCUUAAACACAAACCCUUGGAUUGUGCCGUUUGUCUAAGCGAGUUCAAAGCCGAAGACGAGCUCCGGCUCUUACCAAAAUGCAGCCAUGCAUUCCACGUGGAGUGCAUUGACACCUGGAUCCUCACAAACUCAACAUGUCCUCUUUGCAGGGACAACCUCCUACAUAGCCUCACGGCCUCGUCUUCCCCGAUCGUUCUCGUGCAUGAAUUUGAUGGUGAGAGUUCCCGAGACUCCUAUUCGCAGCACCCCUUAACCGAUGUGGAUGAUAUCGAGUCAAAGUUAGUUGACGUAUCGGGUGAUAACGACGAAUCACCAAACCAAAGAAUGGUGAAAGAUUUGUUCUCGAUUGUUUAG